UUUCAGGCGACUCCUGCGCUCACGAUUAAACUACAGCCCCCAGAAUGCUCCGCUCCAACAGAGCGGGCGGAGCUAAGAAUGUAAACAAAAAAACGUUCGAGGAGGGGGAAAGACGUUAGAGCCGUUAACGGCCGCUGAGCGUUCAGAAAGAGCGAGAUCUAAACUAUGCCCAAAGGCUCUAAGCAGACAACUCCCCAACAAAAUACUCACCCUGUUGCUGCCUGCAAGAAGUUCUCCGUCCCGUCCGAGGAGAACCAAAAAACAAGUCCAAAGGAUUUUGUGCAGCUUCUCCCGUUAGAAAUCAGCAUGAAGAUUUUUAGCCAGCUUGACAUUCAGAGCUUGUGCCAUGCUGCCAUGACCUGCAAAAGCUGGAACCACACCCUGGAGGCCUGUGAUAAUUUGUGGAAACAUCACUGUCUAACUGUAAGGUCCGUCUGUCAGCGAGAGAUUGACGGGGACAGAGGCAACGGGUAUUCGUGGAAGAUCACACUGCUGAGAAACUAUCGGAAAAGCAAAGUGAAGUAUGAGUGGUUGAGCGGGAAGUAUAGCAACAUUCGUUCCCGUAGUGGCUUGCCAGAAAAGAGCAUGUAUCCCAUGGAUGCGGACACCUGGGGAGAAAUCCUGGAAGCAGAAUUGGAGCGCUAAGGAGUCCUUCUCAGCGACUAGUUGAACUGAUUAGCACAAAUAUUUAACGGCGUACUGUAUUUAACAUUUGUUGGGGGCCAAGGGGAAAAACAACUGCUCUAUCAAACUUUGAUGUUUUGCACUUUUAGAACUUCUGGCUUUUUCAUUCUCUUUUGGAAAGGUUAAGUUGCUGGGUUUAUAUUUUCAGUCCACUAUUGCAGGGACUUAUUUCUUGGAUUCGCUCCAAAUGCACUUUGACAAUAAUGACUAAUAUUUUUAAAUGCUUGGACGUGUGCUCUUCUUGAAUAAGAAUAAACCAUGAUAGCAUAAUCAUGAGCAAAGAAGGGGAAAGAAAAGGAAAGGAAAUGCUUACAACAUCAACAAAAUCAGCAAAAGUAUUCUGGUUUAGA